UCCAAUACUUUGAAGUUUUGCUUGAGUUUUCCAUAAACCCAAUCAUGAGCUCUGAGUCUGUUGACCAUGGUGGAGCUCAGAAUAUUCAGAUCCACCAGGGCCGUAGACUCCCAGAUUUCUUGAACAGUGUCAACUUGAAGUAUGUCAAGCUGGGUUACCAUUACUUGAUAACCAAUCUUCUGAAGCUCUGCUUGAUUCCUCUAAUGGCGCUCAUUGUAAUUGAAGCCUCUCAGAUGAACCCAGAUGACAUUCACCAGCUUUGGCUCCAACUCCAGUACAACCUGGUCAGUGUCAUCGUUUUCUCUGCUGUUCUCGUUUUCGGAUCCACUGUCUACAUUAUGACCCGACCCAGAUCCGUUUAUCUCGUGGACUAUUCCUGUUAUAAGGCCCCAGACCAUUUGAAAGUGAAAUACCAGAAGUUUAUGGACCAUUCAAGGUUGACUGGGGACUUUGAUGAGUCCUCCCUAGAGUUUCAGCGCAAGAUUCUUGAGAGGUCCGGCCUUGGAGAGGAGACUUAUCUCCCUGAAGCAAUGCAUUUCAUUCCGCCCAGGCCGACGAUGGCGGCGGCGCGUGAGGAGGCAGAACAGGUGAUUUUUGGUGCAUUGGAUAAUCUGUUUGCUAAUACAAAUGUUAAGCCUAAGGACAUUGGGAUUCUUGUUGUGAAUUGUAGCUUGUUUAACCCAACUCCUUCAUUGUCUGCUAUGAUUGUUAAUAAGUAUAAGUUGAGGGGUAACAUUAGGAGUUUUAAUUUGGGGGGAAUGGGGUGUAGUGCUGGAGUUAUAGCUAUUGAUCUUGCCAAGGACAUGUUGCAAGUUCAUAGGAAUACUUAUGCAGUUGUUGUGAGCACUGAGAAUAUCACUCAGAAUUGGUACUUUGGGAACAAGAAGUCCAUGUUGAUACCGAAUUGUCUGUUUCGUGUUGGUGGGUCUGCGGUUUUGCUAUCGAAUAAGUCAUUGGAUAGGCGUCGGGCUAAGUAUAAGCUUGUUCAUGUUGUGAGGACUCAUAAGGGAGCUGAUGAUAAGGCGUUUAGGUGUGUUUAUCAGGAGCAGGAUGAUAUUGGCAAAACUGGGGUUUCUUUGUCUAAGGAACUCAUGGCAAUUGCUGGUGGAGCUCUUAAGACUAACAUCACAACAUUAGGUCCCCUUGUUCUGCCUCUGAGCGAGCAGCUUCUCUUCUUUGCUACUUUGGUUGCAAAGAAGUUGUUCAAUGCCAAAGUCAAACCUUAUAUCCCGGAUUUCAAGCUUGCUUUUGAUCAUUUCUGCAUACAUGCUGGUGGAAGGGCAGUGAUUGAUGAGCUUGAGAAGAAUUUGCAGCUUCUGCCAGUUCAUGUUGAGUCAUCUCGGAUGACACUCCACAGGUUUGGUAACACCUCGUCCAGUUCGAUUUGGUAUGAGUUGGCUUACACUGAGGCAAAAGGGAGGAUGCAAAAAGGGAACCGUGUCUGGCAGAUUGCAUUUGGAAGUGGUUUCAAGUGCAAUAGUGCUGUCUGGGAGGCUCUCCAGAAUGUAAAACCAUCUCCCAGUGGUCCAUGGGAAGAUUGCAUUGAUAGCUAUCCGGUGCAGAUUGUACUCUAGCUGUGCUCAGCCACAAUUUGGUUUAGUACUCGAUUCAAAGGAAGGAAACAUUGAUACAUUGUCAAUUCAUAAUGUUAUUUUUAUGCCCCCAUAGAAAUAGAUUUUUCUCCCCUUUUUUAUAAUUUGAUUCACUAAGCAAUUAAGCAUGUUAUAUGUUAUCUGGUAAUUCAAGUCAAGAUAUGUCUCAUUUACUUUACUCAAUUUAAUUGAGCGGCUUAAUUUCUGUGAUAUAUAGCAGAAAAUGUUUACGCCAAAUGCAGUAGCACCGUGAUUAUUAUGAAUUUCUGCAGGCCCACUGAUUACUAUGAAUUUCUUCAGGCCCUUGGAGGUCAAUAUAAAGCAUAGUGUAUAUGUAUGAUUCUUUCAUUCAAAGACAAUCCAUUGCAAGAAAUG